AAACUGCAAACCCGCACCUCGGGUAAAAUUAUCAUCGACAUCAACGUAAUAUUCCGUAACUUUGCCAAAUUCGGUAUUGAGUUCAAGUGAAACCCCAUCCAAACCCCUAACAAAAAUAUGUCUUUCCAUAAAUUAAUACUCCUAAGUUGUAUAAUUCUUCCCUCACUUCUUUAUCUAGAGGCCGUUAAGAUAGGAAUAUCAAAACACUUAGAGACAACUACAACAACAACAACAUCUACUACCCCUACAGCAAUAACGACAACGGAGGAAGCAAACCUUGCUGAAGAUAGAGAAACUUCAACAGAAAUUUCCUCCAUUUCUUCAGAACUUCCACCGAUAGCCACCACAGAACCCGAAUGGCCCGAAUUUCCACCCAGAAAGGAAGUCAGCCCUAUGAAAUCCACCACCACGACGACAACCACAACUACGGCACCAAGUACCACGACAAAGAAGCCCAAAAAAUCCAAAGCAACAAAAUCUCCCACAACUACUACCACCACAAUUGCCCCUGAUACUACCAAUUCAACGGACAUAGCCGGAGAAACUUCGGCCCUCUCUUCUCAGAAUGUGGGUCAAAAAUCCAGAUAUUGUUUUUGUGAUUUAACUAUAAAUGGUUGUGACAUUAAUUGUUGUUGUGAUCCUGAUUGUCCUGCCGAAGCUUUGAAGGUAUUCAAAUGCCUCAAAGAGACCUUAAAUGAUUUUGAAUUGCAUGAGGGACGUUUUGAGGAUUUCAAAUUUCAACAUGGCCUGCCCACGUGUGAGGAAAAGGAUGGUUGGCUGUGUGUUUUCAAAACAAAUUUGCCAACAGCGGUUGCCAUGGUAGGAGGGGACUCAGGGAGUUUUUCCGAUACCUCUCAUUACUACAAAUGGCCAAGUUUGCUGAGGGAAGAUGUUGCACCUCCCAACCGAGAGUUUUAUAUGUAUGGCGACCCAAUAAAGGUGCUGAAUAUGAAGACAAAGGAUGUGCAGAAUUUCGAUCUCCCCUCAUCCCUAAAACCUCCCUACUGCCAGACCAUGGAGCCCAUAAAAUAUUUAAAAUCACAAAAACGCACCUGUCUUCAGCACAGUGAGAACCUAGAGGAGAUUCAGUUGAAAUUAAUUGAUUUACACGAAAACUUUAGAGUUGUAAAAUCCCCAAAUUUCCCGGAAAAUAUCUAUGAUUCAAAACAGCUCAGAAAAUUUACAGGAAACAUAACCCUGCGCUGGUGCAUGGCCAGGAAAUGCCAAGCGGCCCAUGAAGUCAUUGAGGGAAAUUUGGAAAAUUCUGAAAUCCAUGAAAUCGAAAUAAGGAUAUUUCAUAAUUUUACCAGGAUACAUGAAAUUGUGGUGGAUUUAUGGCAUAGGGAUGUGAAUGGUGAAGCGUCGGCAGUGGGCAACCAAGAGUCCUGGUUUACAUAUGAUAUACAAUUUGUGAAUGGAAGUCUGAAGGAGAUUGAGAAAAAUGUUGAUUCUCCCAGACAAAUUUGGAAAAUAAAACCCUCUUCCGGUCCAUAUGGUUAUGGAUUGGGAAAACCCAUUAUCCUGGGCAAAUAUGUGGCCUACAAUAAAUCUCUACCCUUAACGGAUGAGAAUCGAGUGUUGGAUUUCUUUUCCCAGGGCAAUGAAGGUGGUGGAGCAAUCAACUCUCUGAAAAUUAUGCAAAAACACAAAGGACUUUGUGGAGGUCCCGGAAAAUCCUCCCAAGCGGAAUCUAUAAGUUUUGGUGUAAAUUUUGCCAAACAAUGUAAAAUUCGCAUGAAAAAUGACACCCUAGAUCUUGAGGAUCCAUCAAAGGCAAACUUCACCUCAAUAUGCCUGGACCUGCAAAAUCGCAUUAAUGAACAACUUUUCAAUGGAAAUCUCAAUGCCACAGAUAUCACCUCGUUGUACAUUUCCAAAUUGGGUAAACCCCAAAAUCAUUCGCAUCAAUGGAUACAGCUAAAUGUUUUCAAUACCGAUUUCAAUCAGGUAUUUGGUCAAUAUUUGGAGAAUUCUGGUACAUUUGUGUGCCGCAAUAUUCUGCUGAGUUUGGCCUAUGAAUUCCAUAUGGGUUAUGUGUACCUUAAUACCGCGCCAGGACAGCAACAUCAUCGUAGCGUGGAACAUGCCUCCUUGUGGUUGGGUGAACGUCAUGAUUUGGAAUUUUCAUUGGAUGAACUGAUCGAAGUACCCCUUACAAUGACAGUACGUUUCUACGACAUCAACGAAAAAGCUGCAUCAGCUUCUAGUCUUUUAUGGAAUUAUUUUAUAACGUCUUUGCUAUGCUUAGUUUUAGUUUUAUAUGUUUAGAGUAGAAAAAAAAUAUUGAAUAAAAAUAGAUUUUCUUAGGAAUUGGAAUUAGAAAUUA